AAAAAUGUGGUGAACUUUCUUGUAUUCUAUUUGAACUGAUUAAUUUGAAUACUAUGUCAACUAGUAAUGUAGUUCAGCCAUAUCAAGACUUUGCUUAUAGUUAUGCGCCAACUAGUUUGAAGCAGCUAAGAUCAUCGUAUGCUAUUGACCUAGUAUUAAUCUAUAAUCGAGAUUAUACUCCAUCUAAUACCUUAAUUCAAUCCAACUUUUCUAAUACUUAUCUAUCAAGUGAAAGCACAAAUAGAUUUCAAGCUUCAAUAUUAUUUCAUAAUGCAAACACUAAUUCAAAUCAAAUUAAUAACUCUGAACAUAAAUCCAUGAUGUCUAGAAAUCUUAUUAGACCAGAACAACAACAUAGAAGUUCAUCGCAAUUAUCUACUAUGUCAUUAGAUGAUAUAUUGGAUUUAUAUUCUUCAGCAAGUUAUGAUCUAACUAAUCGAAGUCAAGAAUCUUUAUAUCAACAAAAUUCUCAUAGUAAAUAUAAAGAAAAAAUUUCAAACCCAAAUUCACAAUUUCAUACCUCAAAUUUACCACAUGAUAUAGCUACUCAGUAA